GACCAUUGGACUCGUUACAGUCGGUCGUCAAUCAUCAAUCAGUCAUCGUGAACAGGAAGCGCAGUGCCUAUUGACAUUUGGCCAUGGCCCCCCCACCCUGCAGCACAGAUCCUGCACACACACACAGGCAUGGCAACAUGUAUGGAUGGACCACCCGGCAACAACAGCAUGGCCAUAACUCAUGAUUGUCUCCCGUGCAAGGCUGUCCCCGGAAGGGUAUAAGGAACCGGUGCGCCCUGCACAACACAACAGACUCAUCCCCUGGUCCCUACCGCGCUUUCGUGGCUCUCGUUCCGUCUCACUCACCCACCCGCCAAGAAGGAAUGCCCCACAUGCCGAAAUGGGGCUCAUAGUAACCACCCCAAUAGCCGUGGCCCUCAUAGGGGUAUACUUGCGCCGGCCGGCCCUGGUAGCCAGAUGCGUCAGCUGCUCCCUGCGGCAGAGCCACUGGGGCUAUCGGCUGUCCCCUCUCACCCACCUUUUGCUGGCGAGCUGAGGACGACGCGGAAGCAUCCUGUGGGACCGCAAAGCCCCACAUUGCUGGUGGAAGGUCAGUAGGCGGGCUUGGUGGGCGCCAUGAGUCACGAAGAGACGUGUCUCGCUGUUGAGAUGGGGCACUCGUCGAGGGCCGAGGGGGGACACUCGCCGGCGGUGGCGCUGCGGCUGUGGGCGGCUCGUCUAGGUUGGCUUGGAAGGGAUGGCUUGCUGGUUCUCCCGUGUCUGUAGUCGGCUGCUGGUGUGCUGCUGCUCCGAGCCGCUGUGACUUGCCAACCGGAUAGGAUGCUUCAGGCACAGCAGAGCGCGCCCCGUCACCCUCAGUACCUAGCGGCACCUCAGCUGGAGUUUCCUCUCCCGUCGCUUCUCCUUGCCCUUCUCCACCCUCUCCCUCUUCCUCUCCCUUGUGCAUCAUCCCGAUAGUCUCCCAGCCGCUCUUGCGGCUGUCGCCCUUGAGCCCCUCCAUCGAGUCGAUCUUCGCCAGUGACAGUAAGGGGCCUAGAAAAUGUGGAUGGGCCGCAAACAGCCGGUUGAUCUCCGCGCAGGUGAGGAAGAACACCCGGCAGACGCUGCGGGCGACAUAGCGACAUGAAGAGAUGGAGGGGCCGACGCUACCGAGGCGAUCGGUGACGUGACCUGCAAGCAGUGUGUAGAUACCCAAAUAUAUAAUAUGUUUGUAUAUCCUCACCGAAGACGGCUCCGACAGGCAGCAUAAUCGACGCACGAGGGGGAGAUCCAGAGUGAGCAGAUGGGGAAUCCUUUUCCGCCAAAAGGGGAGGCGGUAGUGACAUCGGAUCACUCGGCUUCCAUGUUUUGAGCCAUUCGUCCAACUCAAUCGGCAGAAUCUCGUGUUCAUUGUCGCUCAUGACUGCAUCCUCGCUCUCGGCUGCCUCCUCGACUCUUUGGCUCGCCUCUUCUCGAAUCUUCUGCAGUCCUUUAGCUGAAAGCCUGUCUCUCUUUGACGAUCCCUUGCUCUUUCCCCCAGCACCGGCAAUGGACGUCAUGAGCCGGCUGUCCUCCGACGCGACGCUCGGCUGCCGGUGCGAGUUGAAGUGGUGCAUCAGGAACUGUUGGUAAUAAGGAUUGUCCAGCAGCUGCUCCUCGUGCACCUUGCUCUCCUGCCGCCCUUCGACCCCCAUCUCUUCCUUCAGAAACAUCGUAUGAAGGGUGUCGAGCUUCUUGCUCGAGACGUCGGCCACUGGUGAGACUUCGACGUCGCCAAAGAACAAAAACAAGAGCUCCUCGCACGUCUCGCCGGCAGCGAGGAUCACUUCAUUGGCAAAAUACACCCGCGACCGGAGGGCAACAGCCACAUCCAAUCGGAAAUCCUCGAGGGACGAUGAUGCGUGAGCGGCAGAGACGGGCAGCUGUGCCCUCCUCGAGGCGGAGAUGCCCAGAAAGAAGGCAUCAAACGUGUCGAGCAAAGGGCGGAAAACGUCACUGAAAAGGAGAGAUAUGGGAGAGAAUCAAACGGUAGAAGAGGGGUUUUGGAAGAGCGAAGAUGCGUACAUGAGCAGUUGACGCCUUGUGAGCGGCGCAAGUGCAUCCAGGAUGCUCAAGUUCUGCAGGGAAAGGCAAGACACAUUCAUUCUUUGUGUCUCCCGCCUCUUUCGCUCGCUGCCUCUCGUCUCGUCUGACCUCAGCGACUGAGUUGUGCGGAUCAUCCCAAAAGUCUUUGACGGAUCGAUACAGCACAGCUUCCAAGCCUGGAGACAGGGGCUGAAAGCCACAGACAGACAGACAGACAGACAGACAGAUUGGCGGAAGACAGAAGCUAACAUUUCUGCAAUUGCUCACUGCGUCAACGUACUGUCGCCAUAGCACUGCUUCCCUCACUUUUCGCCGCACCAGGCUGCUUGCCCCACUGCGCGAGUCAGCCACCAUUUGUGAGAUCUCACUUAUCGCCCAUGCGAUGAUCAGGAUGGCGAGGAAGGCACUCAGUAUGGCGAGCCAGCAUUCUUCUAACGUGUGAACGAAAAAAUCGUCAGUCCUGCAGCGACACAUACAAACACAGAGUGUAUCAUGCAUAAGUCGCCUGUGCAGAAGUUGUUUGCUGCCUCACCCAAUCGUGCUGAGUGUGUUGACGGUCCAAUAAAGAGAGUUGACAUACACCUCAUACGUCCCCGGCGGGUCGCCACCAAACUUUGCAGACACCCAGGAGCCCUUCUCCGUCCCCACCCAAUACCAAGCGCAGCCCAGCCAAUGAGUCACGACGACAACAACAAGCACAAGAUACACCAGCCGAAAGCGAAAGUUCAGGGCGAGGUCGACGGCAAGUCGGCGAGACACGAGUCCCUCUGGCACAACCAGACGGAUAACACGCAUCAGCCGCAGCAGGAUGAAUUCUCGCGGGACGCCGGGGAUGUGGUAGAUGGGAAGGCAUGGGAAGAGAUCCAGCACGAACCAAGAGCUCAGGUAGGCGAAGAACACGUCACUGAGUGUCCUGUGGUAGUGCCGUGUCCGAAGGUUGAAGCGAACCAAAAUGUCCAGUACGAAGAACACGUCGAACGCCACGUUGAUCGAGAAGAGAGUGGACGAAUAUUGUGGUAGGUCGGGAAGGAAAGCCAGCUGGUAGGGCACGGCCCAGAGGGUGAAGAAGAUGCCCGAGGAGAGAACCGGAAGCCACAAGAUGCAAUAGAAGGGGCCGUCGACGUCCAGCAACCAGCUCUCUUGUGCCUUCUGAGUGCUGGCGCCUUCUUCAUGCCUCUGUACAUGGUGUCGGGAGAAGAGCCACUGCCUUGGUUUCUGUGGCCCCACACCGACCAUUGGAUUCAUGUCUGCACUGCAGCUGUGCAGUUUGUUUCGGCCGAGUCUGACGGACGCCUGCAGCACCUUUGCACUGAGCUACUGCGCCUGCACACGGAAACACACCAAUGUGUGCUGUGUGGGUGUCCUGAUGCACCACCCAUCGCGUGAUAGGGCUGUGUGUGUGCUGACCUUCAGAGCCGGACCGGAAGACGAUGUGGUGCUUCUCCAGGAAACCCGACUCGUCCAGAAGAGGGCACGUCGAUG